UUCGAUUGCAAUUUGGGUGUUUGAAACUAGGGUUCUUCAUGUUAUAAUUUAUACCCUUAACGCACCACAUUUCUCAUCGUCAAUCCCUUCAUUUGUGCACUUAGACGUUCAAUUUUAUUUUGUUCUUCUUUGGUUUGGUUUUUUUUUCCCGUUCUAAUAUAGAUAGAGAGCCGACUUUUGGCCACAAUUCGUUUAUUUUUUUAUUUAUUUGUUCAUGAAAAGUUGGGUUUUUUUUAUAUAUAUAUAUAAAUAUUGGUUGGAAUUAGGUUAUUGUUGUUACUGAUAAAUAAAGUUACGCUCUUUUACCUGAACUGAGCUCAAAUUUCUGCAAUUGAAGGGGAAUUUGGGUGAGGGGUGUGAAGGGAAUGCCUUCUUCUUUAGCUACAUUAUAUUAGUCAUGGUGUUUAAUUUCUGGAAGCAAUUUUAGACAGAAUUUCAAUGAUUUUCGAUGCAUAAUUAGAAAAGGUGGUAAUGGUUGUUCAGGGAGGGAGGUAUUGUUAGAUUGAAGUGUUGCUUUUGAUUUUUGGAAUUUGUUUGGCGGCAAAGCUGAGGUUGUUCAUGUAAAAGCUGUUAUAAACCGGAAAAAUUAUGUGUAUCUGUUUAAAGGGGACAGGUUGUAUUAUGCGCAUGGUACACCCACACUCAAUUUUCUGGACAUUUGCUCACUGGGAAUUCUCCUGAGUCCCGAAUGAGUAAAUGUGCAGCCACAGCCCUUGGGUUUACAGUACACCCACGCUCAAUUUUCCGGACAUUUGCUCACGGGGAACUCUCCGGAAUGGGUAAAUGUCCAGCCAUGGGUCUACAGCACACCUACCCACCUAGUGGCUAUCUGUGUGUAUACUUCUCUUGGUGUUGUUUGAUUCAAGCUUAUGAUCGUUUUAUAUAAAUUAGGUGGAAGAAAAAAUAGGAUGGUGCGAGAUAAGAGUAAGAAAAAAGAUGAACUUGCUGCUAACUCCUCCCAAGGGUCAAUCCCUGAGAAGAAGACUCCCAAAGCUUUGAAGCUUUCGCGGAGAAGAUCAAUGAAACGGAAGUUCCUGAAAUCUAAAAAAGCAGAAGAUGCCUCAGCCUCACGCAGUGAAGUCACAAAUGAAGAUAAAAACAAGACAACUGGAAGAGUGGGAAAUGAAAGCAAUUUGAAUACAGGUGAUAAUGGAAAAGAGAAGGGUUCUCCCAAGGGAAACAAAAAGAAGAGAAACAGAAACAAGAGGCAUGGGCAAAAAAGAAUUGAGGCUCCAAAUUCUGAUAGUAAAGUUGCCUCACAGAGUCAAGCUAAAAGUGAGGAUAAGAUGAAGACUACUGGCAAAGUGGGAAAUGAAAGCAAUACGAAUACAAGUGAUUAUGGGAAAGAGAAGGUAUCCCCUGCGGGGAACAAAAGGAAGAACAAUAGAAACAAGAACCAUGAGCAAAAAAGGGUUGAGGCUCCAGAUUCUGAGAGUAAAGUUGGAGGAUUAAUCUUUAUGUGCAGUGCAAAAACGAAACCUGAUUGUUUCCGCUACAAAGUGAUGGCUCUCCCUUCCAGCCAAAAGGAGGUUGUGCUUGCUAUAAAGCCUGGUUUAAAGCUUUUCCUAUACGAUUUUGAUCUCAGACUCUUGUAUGGAAUCUUUGAAGCAUCUUCCGCUGGGGGUAUGAAACUUGAGCCAGAUGCUUUUGCUGGUUCUUUUUCUGCACAGGUGCGAUUCAGAAUUUUUAAAGACUGUUUGCCUCUCCCAGAAAGUGCUUUCAGGAAUGCAUUGAAGGAAAGCUAUGAUCAAAGAACACGCAAAUUCAAGACUGAGCUUACUACCAAACAAGUGCAGAAACUGAGAUCGUUGUUCCGUGCAGUUCCUCAGCCUCAUUUGGAGGACCAUCCUCGCGGUUUGCAGCCUGCUUCAUCUUCUGAUCUACUUUUUGUCACUGAGAAGGAUUACCGCAGCUAUGGUCUCCGACCAGAAUUACGUGGUUUGAGACAAGAUACAGUUUCCUAUGUUCCCGUUCUGGAGCCUUGCAGUACUAAUCAAGAGAGGGAGCAUGUUUUCAGGAGCCCUGCUCCAAUAUAUAAUACACCAACUACGCAGGAGCAAGUCUUCAGAGUUCCGUACAGGGACGUAAUUUCUACACAGGAGAUGUUUGCAAAGCCUACGCCGGUAUACAUGGAUACACCAUCUACCAGUGAGCAAAUCUUCAGGAUACCUGCCCCAUCCUACAGGGACAUAACCUCACAGGAGAUGUUUGCAAAGCCUGCCACAGUGUAUGGUCCUUUUUCCUCGUUGCAAGAUCCCGCUGUUGGUCCCGAGCCAUAUUUUUUGAGUGAAAAUGAAUAUCGGAUGUAUGGUUUGCGAGGUCGAAAUGAUUCGAUACCAGCCACAACUACAAGGCCAAGUGAUAGUUACCAAGAGAAUCAAUACCACUCUCAGAAUUAUAAUGUGACUUCAUCUGAUCCAUUCACAAGUUUAACAGCAGUAGGGGGUUCUACUUAUGGGGCAUACUCCCAGUCAACAGUAAGUGAGGCUUAUCGUGGUGACCCGCGACAUGCAAAUUACACAGUUGAUUACCAUUUACCAAGAAGGGUUUCUGAUGAAGGGUUGUAUUCCUCUUAUGCUUCUCGUGAUCUAUCUGCAUACAACCAAAGGAGUCACAUUGGUGGUCAAUCUGAACUUGCAUCAGCACCCGUCUCAUCUCGGUACUCAUUCUCAGGGGCUUCCUACGCCCUUAGGUAAACCAAUGUUUCUAUUACAAAAUCACGGUUUCUUAGGCCUUGACUCUUGUUUCUUGUUUCUUGACAAGUAAUCAAGUGCCAAGUGCAAGAUGAGGUCAGCUGACUUCAGUGAGCUGGUUGGUUAUGUAUCGAAACAAUCUUGUUUUAUUCUGCUACAUUUCCCUUGUUCCCUGAUCAGUGAAAUGAGAUCUUGAAACUGGUUGUCCUCAGUUAUCGUCCAGAAACAUCUCCAGAAGAAAGAGUGGGUGAUGUCGUGGGAAAGCAUGCAGCAAGUUUAUCCCUUUAUUGCUUUACCUUUGUCGUAUUGUUUAUUAGUUUUGUUCACCUAAUUUAUCAAUGACUGAGCCUGAUAGCUGUGUAAAGCGAGUAUUGUGAAGGGGAAAGCACAUAAUUUAACUGAUUGUCUGAGGUGCGGGAAUGAAGAAUCCCUUUUCAUCUGAGCAGGUCAUUUAAACAAAAUGUAAACGCUGGCUUACUGGAUAUUACGAGAACUCAUGAAAAAUGUGUAUUCAACUGUGUUUUUCCCCA